GUGAUGGCGUCUAAUGCAGCGAAGCAGGUGGCGGCCGAGCAGGUGGUGGCUGGAUUUAAUCGCCUGCGCCAGGAGCAGCGAGGUCUCGCGUCCAAGGCAGCGGAACUGGAGAUGGAGCUUAACGAACACACGUUGGUUAUCGACACCCUGAAGGAAGUGGAGCAGGGCAGGAAGUGUUUCCGGAUGGUCGGGGGGGUACUGGUGGAACGCACCGUGAAGGAAGUGCUUCCGGCUUUGGAGAAUAAUAAAGAGCAGAUUAACAAGAUCCUGGAGUCCCUGAGCACACAGCUACAGACCAAGGGCCGAGAGCUGAAUGAGUUCCGGGAGAAGCACAACAUCCGGAUCAUGGGGGAGGAUGAGGCCAAGCAGCCCCCCAAGGAGGGCGGGGACAGUGACGGCUCCAAGCCCAGCUCUGCAGGUGUCCUUGUGUCCUGAUACAGAGCGUGCCCGUGCCCGGUCUGCCCAGAGUGAGCUCAGGCUCCUGUCUGAUUGGACGCAACCAUGCACAGACCCCCCCUUCCUUUCCCAGUUCAUGCUCUUAGGCCCGAGGAGACUUCUGGUGGACUUUAUGCAUUAUGGGCACUUCAGCAGUUGGGCUACCGUUUGCCCCCGCAGUUGCCCGGGGCUUCAUGCGAUGCCUUAUUAGUCCGGGCACCACCCAAUUCCCAGUUUGUCCCAGUCGUUCUGCAGUCAUGUUAGUUCCACCCCCUUACCCCAGGGAUGGGGUCUGCUCUAACAGCUGUUUGGAACCACAACUCCAUAUUAAGCUGAAAGCUCAGGGAUGAUGGGAGUUGUAGUGCAAACAAACUGGAGGGCUCCACCCCCUGGCAUUGGCGUUUAUAGUGCAUAUAGGCCGUAUGUCAUUAUUAGGACAAGUCCCCUGGGACAUUUCAUUAAGCUUCAGUCUCCAUGUUCCCUGGGUAAGUGAAUCUAAUUUCCCCCUAUGGGCUGCUCUCUUUCCCAUGGUCAAACAGGGGGGUGGGGCUUUAACCCAACUGAGAAGUCUUUAGUGGGUGGGUCCUCUAUUGCAUGAUAUCUAUGUAGUAAUUGUAGUGCAGGUCUGACCCUGUCAGUUAUGUGCAGGCCACACCCCCUCACCAUGGGAAAGAGAGCAGCCCAAUAGCAGUAUAGAUGAUCAGAGUUCCCUGUCUGAGUAUUGGGGAAAUUAAAUCAGCUUACCCUUAGGAAAGUAGGCUCAAGUCUUAUCCUGCAAAGGCUUGUGGGAUACCUACUGUCUAAUGUUUUUUUUUUUUUUUUUUUUUUCAAGUUAUUAAACUUUAUUUGCAUGUUCAUUA